GCCAUGGCUGAGACUCCUAUGCCUAUCCUCUACAAAAUAAAUUUCACAAAGCUUCCUCAGUGGGAUUUUGAUGAUGUUUAUAACCAGGAUGCACCACCUAGACCGACAGCAUGUGCCCAGUCUCUGCGAAACUCUGACAAUGAAAACUUUAAGAAGGCUUUUCUUCCAAACAUACGUUUGUUUCUACACAAGGACAACAUCAACAUGAGCGAGUGGAAUCGGCUCUCACAUUUUAACAAUCCUUUCGGUUUUAUGGAGUUCAAGUACGACGAUGUGAUGAAGUCAGUGAAGUUGAUUCCAAAGCCAAAAGAGCCGUUGCUCCUCCCAAAACCCGGUGGUGACGGUUGUGUGCGCUGUGCUGUGGUAGGUACUGGAGGAAUCCUGAACGGCUCAAAGAAGGGGGUGGAGAUCGAUGGCCAUGAUUACGUUUUUCGGAUGAAUGGUGCCAUCACCAAGGGCUUUGAAGAAGAUGUAGGAAACAAAACAUCGGUGUAUGUCCACACAGCCCACUCCAUCACUUCAUCUCUUUACAUCCUUAAAAAACACGGAUACAAAGCUGCUCCUCAUGAUGAGGGUAUAAAAUAUGUGAUGAUUCCUGAGGGGAUGAGGGAUUACCAAUGGCUUGAGGGCCUUCUCAAAGGAGAAAAGGUCUCUGCUGGUCCAUACCGCAAGAGACUGCCAAGGACCUACUAUUCAGGGCAGUACAACGAGAGCCGCUUCUACGUUCUGCAUCAGGAUUUCCUCCGAUAUGUGCGGAACAGGUUCUUGAAGUCACCCAAUCUGAAUAAGAGAUACUGGGCCAUAGUCAGACCAACCAACGGAGCAUUCACUCUCUUCCUGGCUCUGCACACCUGUGACACAGUGGAUGCAUACGGAUUCAUGAGUGAAGAAUUCAAGAAAUACUCCAACUACUAUUAUGACAAGUAUGUUAAAACCAGGGUCGUUUUCUAUUCCAACCACGACUACACUCAAGAGAAGAACACAUGGAAAAACCUUCACAACAGCAAAAUAUUAAAUCUGUACCAGGGAGUGUAAGUAAACCCAGGACUGUAAGAUCUGCAGCAAUGCUGCAACGGCAAGAAUAAAAGCAAUGGGAUAAGGAAG